AAGAAGAAGCAGUUCAAGUUGUAAACAAAUUGGAGAUCUCCAAGUCCAAUUGGGAAAAUCAAUUCUUAGGCAACGAAUCCUCGGGAGAAAUACUUAAAUCCUUCGCUUGAGAAAAUGCUGCAUUUGGGCAAGCAACUGGUGGUCAGGGCGCCCAAGAUCCGCUUAAGCACAACCGCUGUGACUGGAAGUGGCCAAAGUUCAGGUCGGAAUCUCGAUCAAAACAACAACAAUUACAGCCAGAAACUUGUUGGCCCUAAUCUCAACCAGUGCCAUAAGCGCUUGUCCAGCACCAGUCAAAGUUCGCACGUUGGUCCGAUGAAGCGCUUAGCAGGGAAAGUAGCCGUGGUCACCGCCUCCACAGAUGGCAUUGGCUUUGCCAUUGCCAAGCGUUUGGCCGAGGACGGAGCCGCCGUGGUCAUUAGCAGCCGGAAACAAAAGAACGUGGACAACGCUCUGGCGGAGCUGCGCAAGCUGAACCUAAAUGUCCAUGGACUCAAGUGUCACGUGAGCGAGCCCCAGGAUCGGAAGCAGCUCUUUGAGGAGACCAUCAGCAAGUUUGGAAAGCUCAAUAUUCUCAUUAGCAACGCCGCCACCAACCCCGCCGUGGGCGGAGUGCUCGAGUGUGACGAGAAGGUCUGGGACAAGAUCUUCGACGUCAACGUGAAGAGCUCCUACCUGCUGGCCAAGGAGGCACUGCCCCUGCUGCGCCAGGAGAAGGGCUCCAGCAUCGUCUUUGUCUCCUCCAUCGCAGGCUACGACGCCUUUGAGCUGCUGGGGGCAUACUCGGUGAGCAAAACGGCUCUGAUUGGUCUUACCAAGGCUGCCGCCAAGGAUCUGGCGCCGGAGGGAAUCCGCGUCAACUGCCUGGCUCCUGGCGUGAUCAAAACCAAGUUCUCCAAGGCGCUGCAUGAGGACGAGUCGGCAAACGAGGCGGCGCUAAGCAAGAUUCCAAUGGGUCGCCUGGGCACUAGUGAGGAAAUGGCUGGCGUGGUCUCGUUCCUGGUCUCUGAGGAUGCGGGCUACAUCACGGGCGAGGCCAUCGUGGCCGGCGGCGGAAUGACUGCGCGUCUCUAAGCGAUGUACAUAAAUAUAUUUCCUUACGGGCUAUGGA